GCCGCUCACCACUCACACACACUCUCACACACACACACACCCAAUGCCUCUUAACGCCAUGGGACAAUUCACCGCCUGAGGACUAACUAUUAACAUCUUACAUUUUACACUCUGUUGUUGAGUUUGAAGCACGUGAAGCGAAUCGUCCACAUUAUGUCAGAGAAGAAAUCCAGACCUUCAGAUGCACGUCCCAAAAACCUGCGUAGCUGGAGCGUGGACAGCUACAUCCGCAGCGUUAAGAAGCGCUCGCGUGGUCCACGCCAUGACGCCCCUGCCAGAGGAGAGGAAGGAGACACGCCAGAUGAGCAGAACGUCCGCUCAACUUCCUGUCCCCAGAGACGGAGGGAGAGGAAGUGCAGCUGCACGGCUAUCGGAGACGGAGACAUAGACUCCAUGUGCAGAAAAGCGCUGUCUCGCCGAUCUCUCAGACAGAAGUUCCAGGAUGCAGUAGGGCAGUGUCUCCCUCUCCGUGGUCACCAUCAUCAUCACCACCACCAUCAUCACCAUCAUCAUCAUCAGAGCGGCUCGUCACGACCGUUCUCGGUGCUCCUGUGGUCCAAGCGCAAGAUUCACGUGUCCGAGCUUAUGGAGGACAAGUGUCCGUUCUCGCCGAAGUCCGAACUGGCGCAGUGUUGGCAUCUUAUCAAGAAGCACGGCACACAUCAGAAUGCAUCAUUAGUCCUAGAGGAUCAAAAAAGCAGAAGGUUGUCCUCGUCCCCUUCGACUUUUAUCUCCUGGGAGGAAGUCAGUUCUAAUGGUGCUUCCAGCUUGACUGAUUGGGACGCAUCCUUUAUUCAUGGAGCGCCCCAGUGUUGCGCACACUCCGACUACAUCUUAGUGCCUGAUCUUCUUCAAAUCAACAACAGCCCGUGUUAUUGGGGCGUCCUAAACCGCUUUGAGGCUGAGCAGCUCCUAGAAGGCCAGCCUGAAGGCACCUUCCUGCUUCGAGACUCUGCCCAGGAUGACUAUCUUUUCUCGGUCAGCUUCAGGCGCUACAGCCGCUCUCUGCACGCCCGCAUAGAGCAGAGUGGCAAGCGCUUCAGCUUCGACUGCCGCGAUCCCUGCAUGUACAGAGACGUCAGUGUCACAGGCCUGCUGAAGCACUACAGCGAUCCGGCCACAUGCCUGUUCUUUGAGCCGCUCCUGUCUCGCCCCCUGCCCAGGAACUUCCCCUUUUCCCUGCAGCAUCUGUGCAGGGCGUUAAUCUGUAGCUGCACUACAUAUCAGGGCAUCGAGACUUUGUCCCUGCCUCAUACACUCAGGGAUUACCUCAGGCAAUACCACUUCAAAUGUGACGGGGCUUGUGAUGUGUGACGAGCUACACAGUCAGGGCAAAUGGACUUGUCUCAGAAUCAUAAAGAAUGUGGGUUCUUGAGUGGUGUAAUUUUUUACAGACGAUCGCAAAGUCAAAUGGCAAGGUUACAGCCAUCUGUCCGAGUUCGAAAAAGCAUUAUUGUCCCUGAUUUUCUGGGUGGGACGAUGGUCUUCCUUUUUCCGAUCAGAGUUAGCCAAUCUUGGGCCUCUAUCAGCUCAUUUAUACAAAACAGGGUAAUAAUAGUAACAAAAAAAACUAACAAAAAAUGACUACAACUAAAACAACUAAACGAAAAAACUAUGAGUUGUCUCUUACAUUAAAAAAAAGGUCCCUGUGAUUUCCUUGCACUCUCAGAAAUAAAGGUACCAAACUGUACUUUUGCUUGUUGUUGUUGUGGAACCAUCAAGGGUACAUCUUUUGUACCUCUAGUUUGUAUCUUUUACCUGAAAAAGUGAAUAUAGGAUAAUUUUAAGGUACAUAAUUAGACUUUAAGGACCACUGAUAUACCUUAAAUACACACCCUACAGGUCCAAAACAUGUCCUCUUGAUGGAAACACGACAGCAGCAAGGAAACAUACAGUUUGGUACCUCUAUUUCUGAGAGUGUGUACGUAGGUUUUGUUUAUUUUCUUGCUACAUUUUCAUUUUAUUUCUUUUUUUUAUUAUUUUAACAUUAGCAUUGGAAGUACUUACGUAUUUUACAGACUGUUAGGAUAAAAGCAUACUCAUUUUUCUGUUACAGAACCACUGAGUUAAUCAAUGAUUAAUGCUCUUAAUAAGCAUAAAUUCAUUUUUAACUUCAUUAAAAAAUCAUUUCAUCUCAUUUUAUACUUGUUCCACAUUCAGACAGCUAUAUUGUAUUUCUCUAUAGUCGUAGAACAUUAAUGAGACCUCGAACAUCCUGUUACACAAUCUGCAAUGCGUAUUCAGCCUUCUGUAAAGAUCAAGCUUAAAAGUCACUCAAAGAAUUAGAAAUACUGAAGUUAAAACUGAAACUAAAAUACACUGACCAAAAAAACCCCUGAAAAAAAACCUACAUUUUAAAAAUCAGACCUAUAACACUCAUACAAAAUGAGACAGCGUUCAGCAUGACAUGAGCAGCAAUUUGAACAGAAGAGAUGGAAACACAUUAUAUCCCUCAUCCUGCUGUACAAGUAACCGUCGCGUGAUAGGAGAGAUAAUGUGAUGAGAGCUGGCGCCGUCUAAACUGGGAGAAAACUAUAGAAAGCUUCUGGCUGGAAAAUGUCUUCCUGAUGAAGGUCAUUUUGAAUGAUCUGGUAGUAAGGCCAGGAACCAGCACACAGAGAUCCUGAGUCUGCUGGGAAAAACUUUAACUGGAUCUCUGCAAUCAAUUUUAUUGCUGUAGCACUUAUAAUAGAUAUUGUCACAAAGCAGCUUUACAGAAAUCUGGAUGUAGAUUUAGAUCCCUAAUGACUAAGGCAUAGGCAACUGUAACAAUGACACAAGGAACCACACUCAAAAGGGAAACCAUCUUCUUUGUAAAUCAUUACAUUAUACAGGCUUCGAAAAAUAAAAACAAACAGUAUGAAGUACGUCUUAGUCUUUAUGAUUACAGCAGCAGUUCUUAGGUGCAAAUCUACAGUAUCCAGGUUAGAUUAAAACACUGAAACAAAGGUGAAACUUGGGCAUAAACUGUUUUCGGGAUCUUUAGAGUAUUCAUUCCAGCCAAACUCUAAUCCCCUUACAUUUUUCAGACUUUCCCUUUUUUUUUUUUUUUAAUACAGUGCCUUGUGCUAUAAUCACAAGGUCAGUCACCUUGACUCACUGCUAAUGCACAUUUAAAAUGUAUACAUUUAAAAAACUCAGUUUGAAAUUUCUAGUAGUAGUUAACUAAGAUAACUGGACUUAUGUGCAAUCAUUUGAGACGCUUUUAUCAGAUGUAGUUGUCCACCUUGUCCACACUAAUACAGGGGCAUGUGUGGUGGCCUGGGAAAACCCUUCACAUGAUGGGAUUUUAACAUUUUCUACUAUAUAUGGUGGAACUGAACUAAAAAUGUAUCUCAACCAGAAGUAAAGUUCUAAAAUUUUUAAGUCUGGUUACCCCCCAAAAAAUCAAAAGAGAUAAAAUUCCAGUUAAAGAUUUGAUUCUGACUGAGAUGUCAGACCAUUACAGACACUUGACAGUUGAUAUCUGAUUAUAAAUUUAAUUGAUAAGGUCCAUUUUGUUACAUCACUCAGCUUGAUCAAAAGCCUGACAUUUAUUGUGUAAAAACACACACACACACACACACACUUCGGAUUUAGACAUUUUUAGACAGACUGACCUUGAUCUUUGCAAUGCAAGGUUGGAAAGUAGCCUAAAUAAAAUACAUUUCCACAUCGUUUUGGUGAAAUACAUUAUAUUUAUGUUUUCUUAAAGGUUUCAAAGUUAGGGUUUGUGCAAAAAACCUAAAUCCAAAAAAAUUAAGGCAGGCUAAAACAAUCAGCAACAGUAAACACAGUCAAUGGAUAAUCUAAGGAAUACACCAAUAUAAACACAGCAAGGGUCAAAAUACAGCAAGGCAGUCAGACGUAACAAAAAGGCUCAGAAGUAACAGAAUAUUAGUUAUUGGCAAGACUUCGCAAAGCAUUUGGGCUGCUUAAAUACUUAAAAUAAUAGAAAGUAGUUGUUAGAGUUUGUGCUAAUACUCUGCUAACUGCAGCCUCUUCUGGUGCGGAGGGGAAGUGUGCUAAGCUCCCGCUACAGUAUUUUAUAGGCGUUUUUUUGUUGGUUUUUUUUUGGCUGCUUGCCAGAAUUCAGCCACAGCAACAUCUGAUGGGUUUUCCCAGGCUUCCAGACAUAUAUCAAAAAAGGUUUGCAUGCAGGAAAUGUGUUUAUACUGUAAAUAGAGCAGUUCAGUUGUAAAAGAGUGACCAAAACCAACAAAAUAGCACCACCAACUCCUCUGUGUUGGAUGUAAUGGAGCUGGAGGAUUGUGCAACGAUCAGGAGCCUAACACAAAUCGAUAGACGCCAACAUUUUUUUCAAAUAUCUCCAGAUUUCACCAUCUAUAUUUUAAUUCAAAAAUAUCUAUUUCAAAAAUUUUAGAUGGUUGAAAUAAUGCUUGAAUGUGGAUGCAAGCUCAAAACAAAGACAAAGUUUCGAAAUGGAUUCAUAUGAAUGUAGACAAGAUCUUAAGCUCGCAUUGCAUAUUAUUUUACAGCCAUCGUAUUCAUGAUUUUCCAAAUCGCAUUAAAAACGUAACAGUUCAUGGCUCACACUGGAGUCAUACUUUUUCAUGUUUCUAUUGACUAUAUCUACUGUGUUCCAUGCAAAUGAGAUCUCAGACAUAUGCAAUGGUUGUGUAAUUUCUUGAAACGGCCACGCAGGAUUCGUUUUAGCAUAGAUUUGUCUAUUUAUUUAUUUAAUUGCACAAAAUUUGCGUGGCCAUUUUCUCCAUGUAUAACCAAUAGCCAAUUAUAUUUAUAGCCUUUCAGAAUUACCCGUUGCCUUUUAGCAGAUUUGCACUUAUACCCCGUAUGAAAAGAUGUUGUUGUAAAGUAUAAUGUCUGAUAUUCUUUGUAUACUAUGUAUAUGAACUGAACUCUGUUGUUCUAUGAAAUCUUCAUAAUGAGACGGAACAGCCACAGUUUCUUCAUGCUAAUGUUUUAACAUCGUAUUUAUCAUAAUAUAUGGCCAGAUGGAAACGAUGUUAAGUGGAAAAAAAGCAAUUGGACAUCUCAGUUUUUUGUCAUAUAAUAGCCUACUAUGUCAUCACCUUUAAAGCACGUGUCAUUUAAGUGGUCCAUAUUGUUAAUAAAUAACCUUAAAUUCCUCCAUCUCUGAAUAAUAAUGUGUAAUAGCUCACAAUUUUCAAUAAACACUGCCUAUAAAUACU